CCAGCAGAAGAGCUAGCUGAAGGAGGCCAAGGCUGCUUCGCUGGCUGGCACGAGCGCCCCCGCCGUGGCAUCGUCCAAGGUGUCUCCCGCAGACAGAAGCGCCAUCCUGACGAACCGGCAGCUGUCCGACGACGUGAUCGACGGAGCCAUGGCGCUGAUGAGUGCCCAGUUUCCGGAGCUGGGCUGCCUGUACGCCAGCGGGGCAGUGAUGUUCUUGGAGCCGCUGGCCUUCCCGCGGGCGCCCCGCUUCAUCCAGAUCGUGAACAGGGACACGGCCAUGAGUCUGAACGACAUGCACGCCUACCGCUCCACCGGCGGAAGCCACUGGCUCACCAUCUCCAACGUGUUCGCCAGCAGGCCCCAGGAUGUGGUGGUGUACGACUCGUUGUACCACGACGUGUCUCCGUCGACGAAGGCGCUGCUGCGGCAGCUGUACUUCCUGCACGGCAACACGCAGGUCCGCUUCGAGCGCGUGCACAAGCAGACGGACGGGACCAGCUGCGGCAGGUGGGCCAUCGCCUUCGCCUUCGACCUGGCCCUGGGCCUCAACCCGCGGGACGCGGCCUACGACGUGGCCAGGAUGGGCGGCCACCUGUUGGCCGCCCUCGAGAGCUCCCAGGUCACGCCCUUCCCCAGGCGGCGCUGAUCCUUUCGAGAAACAAGAUUUGUGGCAUUCCUCAGAAUGUAA